AUCGAUUCUCGAUUGUUAUUUCUCCACACACCUCUAGCCGGACGCUCUUUCUGCAGUUGAAAUUUCACAAUUUUAGUAAAAGAAUAGUAAAUUAUCCGUAAAUUAACUGUGAAAAUAGCUAGGCGCUAUACCCGAAGAUGUCUUUUUCGUUCACACCUACUACAAAUACAGGAAUUGGAGGCGCAGCGCCGGCCGCAGGCGCAUUUAGUUUUGGCGCGCGCCCAGCGACGACAACUGCUCCUCCGGCAUUCGGGGCAGUAUCUGCCGCCCCGGCGUUUGGUGCUCCCGCUGCAACGUCCGCUUUUGGAGCACCAGCGGCGGCUGCGCCAGCCUUUGGAGCAGCUACAACCGCACCAGCUUUUGGAGCCGCUACAGCCGCGCCAGCUUUCGGAGCCGCUACAGCUGCACCAGCCUUUGGAUCUGCUACAACCGCACCAGCCUUUGGAGCAGCUACAGCUGCACCAGCGUUCGGAGCUGCUACCUCCACGCCAUCUUUUGGUGCCCCCACGACUGCGGCGCCAGCAUUCGGAACGCCAGCUGCAACGCAAGCGUCCGCCUUCGGGGCUGCUGCCCCCACGGCUACAGUGGCGCCCACCUUCUCCUUCGCCACACCAGCUACGACUGCUCCAACCACCGCCCCUCCAGCUUUUGGAUUUGGGGCAACGGCCACUACAGCUGCAGCAGCAAUGCCAGCAGCUUUGAGUACCGGAAUCGGGUCCUUUGCGUUUGGCAAGCCACAAACUACAACUGCGGCCAGUUUAAAUUUCAGUACCACAACGACGACAGCCACGGCGCAGCCUUUCCAAACGGGUCUGAAACUAGGAGGAAGCACUUCCACGGCUGCUAUCGGCACUGGCGGAAUAUUUGGCAAGCCGGCAGGCCAAGCGGCUGCGCCAGCUCCUACAGCUUUCGUGGGUUUGGGCGGUAUUGAUGUGAGCGCCACACAGCCCAAGCUGGGCGAUAACAAGCAGGAUGGUAUCAAGAUCAAGGAGACGCAAGUGCCCGAUGAAAUAGUCAAGACAGUGGACGCCCUGAAAGCCUACAUAAAGCAGCAAAAGACCAUAUCGUCGGACAUUGGUAGGACCUCCACGUCGAAGUUUACCAACGUGGGCCACGAGAUCACUAACUUGAAGUGGGCACUGCAGAAUAUGUCCAAUUCAGUGGAGGCGAAUAACCAGCAGAUCCGGCUCCUGCGGCAGGAAACCUCCAAGGCUAUUCAGUCCUUGGAAAUGGCGCAACGUACACAGGACACUCCGGCGGGCUUGCAGUUCGAGCACAGUGCUCCGUUCCAGUACUUCCAGUGCCUGGUGGCCAAAUAUGAGCAGGACUUGAUAGCAUUCCGUCAGCAGAUUGCCCUUACUGAGCGCCACAUGCACGCCUUAUCCAAUCCGCAGAGUAUCUCCCCCGAGGAUUUAAAGCGUGGCUUCCGACAGCUUAACGAAAGCUUCAUAUCGCUGGCGGGAAGACUGCACGAGCUGCACCAGCGUGUGGAAGAACAGAAAGAACACUAUUUGAAUCUUAGGCGCUACCGCUUAAGAGACGCCACCAACGUGUUCGAACGGAUCGACAACCCGCCGCUGCCAUCUGUGGAGCCACAGCGUAUAAGUAGCGGUCCGACGCCUUUUUCGAACAUAUCGGCCAUCAGUAGUCUCAACAAAUCUUAUGCUGCAGCUGCGGCAGCCAACUCGGCGGGCAAUGCCGCCUCUAAAUGAAAUUGAGAUGUGAUUGUUUUGGAGUUUCAAUAAAAUCGUUAUGUAGAAGAGAG